AUGGUCAACGCCAGGCCGUGCCUGGAGGGGGCCAAGAGGUACGUCAAGCUCUACGUCGACGACACCACGCUCCACCUGCAAGGUGAGCGAGAGGCGGUGGUGCACGAGGCGGAGGAGUCGGCGACGGCAUACAUUCAGGCAGCCGAGGCAGAAGGCCUCCCUCUGUCGCUCACCACGCACAAGAACGGCGUCACAAAGAAGGGCAAGAGCUAUGUUUACACGGCAGACAAGAAGGCCAAGCCCAAGUUCAAGCUCUGGGCGAAGGACUGGGGCCUGGAGAUACAAGAUCAGGGCGUGCAGCUGGGCGUGGACUUCACGGGCGGUGUUGGUGCACAGCGGCGGCCCGAGCAGAAGGAGCGCGUAGAGGUCAUGGUCACUAGGGGCACCAAGCUGAACAUCCUUCAGAAGCAGGGCGCCAGCAUUGGCACGGCUAAGGUAGCCAAGCUUGGAUUCUUGCCGUCCGUACGCUACGGGGUGGCUUGUGCUGGAGCGCCGCCGAAGCUCAUCGAGAGGGCUCGCAUCAACAUGUCGAUGGCACUGAGUGGCGAGGCCAUGGGCAAGGAUCGCACCUUGCGCCUGUGGCUCGAGGAAGCCGAUCCAGCGGUGAGCCUCACCAUUCGCACAGUGGUGAAGUGGGCAGAGGUGGUAUGGAGUCGGGCCAUGGACGAGGAGGCUAUGGUCGCGGCAUGGAGGAAGGCGUCAGCGCGGCUGGCCACGACAGGCACGGUGGCAUGGUCGGCACUCAAAGGACCUGCAGAGGCAGUCCUGGGGACCCUGCGCGACCUCGGCUGGUCAUGGCCUGCGCCGUGGACGCUGCUCACACCAGCGGGCGACCAGGUGUCAUUGCACACGGUGGCGCCCAAGACGGUCAGGCACAAGCUGGAGAGGGCCAUCGAGCGGCAGGUCUUCACCAAGUGGGCCACAGAGAAGGGCAUCGCCGAGGAGGUACCGAUGCCGUUUUUGGAGCCCGUGAGGGCGCUGCUCAAGAAGCGCAGGUCGGCUGCGCAUCAAGGCGCCAUCAAGGCCUACGUGGGGCAGGACUACUGCGCGCAGGCCAAGCUCCAGCAGCGCGGCACGGUAGCAGACGGCAUGUGCCAGCGGUGCAUGCGCGCGCUAGGCGCUCAGAGGCACCGCUCCGGGCGAUGCGAGGCCCACGAGGAGAGCAGGGCCAAGUUCGCAGACAAGCAUGCGGGCAUCGUGCAGCGCAUGGCGGGUUCAGGCGAGAGCUUGCAGCUCAACUGCGGCCUGGUGGCGCGCCCCAUCCAGGACAUAGGGGGCGACGCCCAGAUCGACCAGUGCCACUCGGUCAACGCAGAGGGCGACGACGCCAGCGAGGACGACGUCAUGCCGUUUAUCUCGGGGGUCUGCUUCACUGACGGCUCGGGAAAAGGCGCCAACUCGCUCAAGGGCGAUGGCUGGGGCUACAUGUGGUUUGAGGCGCCGCCGGGCGGAGGCCAGUGCACGGCGCUUGGAGGAGCGCGCGGGAGCCUGCCAGGAGUACGAGCUGAUCUGUCGGUGGGGCGGGCUGAGCUCCAGGCCAUCUGGCACGCCCUGAGCAGGGCCACGGCCCCCACCAUGCUGGUCGCCGACUACGAAAUGGCGGUGAGAGGCAUGGGGAGGGGCCGACAGUGGUGCACGGCGCCGCAGAGGAGUAAUUGCGACAUUUGGAUGCGCAUUUGGAACGUUGUGGAUGAGACCUUCCCGAACAUGGAUGGCCUCACGGUGGCGCAUGUACGGUCGCGUGGCAGAGGGCAGAACGCGUUCCAUGUGCACGGCAACAAGAUCGCCGAUGAGCUGGCGGUCAAAGGUGCGCAGCUGGCCAUGCCGCCACAGUGGCAAAUCGACGUUUGGCAGGACCGCUGGAAGACAGUACAGCAGGUGCUGGCCUUCGUGGCAGACAUGGCAGUGGAGGUCGGCGACUUCGGGGACGUCGCGCUGCCCACCAAAGAGGAGGCACGGGCGCGGCGCCGACGAGAGGCCCAGCCGCGAGGACGGCAACCCGAGGCCGACGAGGCGAGGCCUGCCAUGACCUCGGCAGGGCAGGGCCCGACGUUCAGGAGGCGCAACUUCGCCACAGAAGACCAGUGGUACAGGUGCCUGGACUGCGGCGCGCGCUCCAAGGUGCAUGGGGGCCAGAGCGGCGCAGUGCAGGCGCCAGCGGUGCCUCGGG